UGGGGGGGAGGGGAGGGGGGGCGCAGCGGGACGCCUGGGCCCCUGCCCCGCGGAGCGGCGCCAUGAUGAUCCCCCAGACUAGAGUCUCCGACCCCCGUGACGACCCCCAGGGCCUGAGCGACGCCCGCCGCCCUCCCCGGGCGCGGCCUCCCCCGCCCCCCCCGCUCACGUCUCCGUUUCUCCCCGCAGGCCGGAGCCCCCGGACGCCUGGUCCCCCGGAUGCAGCAUGCGGUGCCCAAGACCCGCCGGGACCAGGACGCGGCAGACCCCGGCACAGAGCCUGCGAGGGACAGACGGCGCCGACAGAUUGGGGGGGCGGCUGGGGUCGGGGCAAAUAAAGUCGGGUUUGGGUCUGGA